AUGGCGAAAAAGAAAUCAGCCGUGCAACGCGCUCGCGAGAAGGCGGAAGAGGCGGAGAGCAGGCGGCCCGAGGAGCAGCAACGACGCCUUGAGCUGGAAGCUGAGAACACCAGCGGAGGUGACGGUGGCGAUGAUUCGGGCGAGCGCGACAACUUCUUCGGCGGCGAGGGUGGAGAGGAUGGUGAGGAAGUCCCCCCUGCCGCCGGCCGGGAGCAGCAGGGAGGUUGGGCAGACGAGGACAAACCCGAGGAGGAGCCUGAGGCUCUUUCAUCUCCGGCUGGCGCAUCCAUCGUGGAGAUGCUGAAACAGCACCACCGCGAUGGGACCGACCCUCCGGAAUGGCUCAUGUCUAUUGUGCUGCCCGCCAGCUCGCGAAAGGACUAGCGACCCUCUUCUGAUGCCUAAUGCCUCACCUACACUCUCUACUGUUCGCACUGAUGAAAACCCGUCAGCGCACACCGAGGGACUAGCGACCCUCUUCUGAUGCCUAAUGCCUCACCUACACUCUCUACUGUUCGCACUGAUGAAAACCCGUCAGCGCACACCGAGGGUACGUCUGCUCGUUUUGUCUUAAAACCAGCAGACCUACCCAAAGAUCUUGUUUUCUCAGGGGCACCUGGGCAAGAUACUGUAGAACUUUUGGCGUAAUACCCUGCACGUGUGAAACUGAACUCAGUAGACAGCUGCCUGGACCAUGUAGUCGACCAACGUGCUGUGCGAUACCUCCCGCUUCUUCUGCGAGGGGCUGCGUAUGACACCCUGU